AUGGCAAGUCAUCAUCUCAAUCAAUUCUGGAGCCGAACUGUCAUGUCGGCCUGCCACAGUGAGCCAGCGAUUCUCCAUGCAGCCCUCGCAGUUGCUGGUGCCCACAAAGCUUAUUGUGAUAGGCAGUCUGGGGAGUCUAACGUCGUUGGUGUCCGCUCGCUGUUAACUACCAGUACAUAUUCCCAUUACGAUCAAGCUCUACGGUACUUAAAAAGGCUCAUAGUUGUUCAAAGCCCUCAACAAUAUGAGACUGUACUGAUUGUCUGCCUUGUCCUGCUCACAUUUGAUAUGAUAGAAGGCCGAUAUGGUGAGGCGCAUCUACACCUGGUUCAUGGCCGACGUCUUAUCAAAGAUAUCAACAACCGAAAAUCCGAUGAUGUCCAUGUCCCUCUGAGUCUACCACCUGUACUAAGCACAACCAUGGACGAGAUAAACUAUUCUUUUGCAUUGAUGGACCUUCAGUCGGUUAAUUUUGGCAGCAUGAAACAACACUUCGCACUUGUGGCUGAUCCGGCACUUGACGAUGCUUCCUGCCUCGAGAUACCGAUGUCAUUCGCCAAUUUUGACGACGCCUGGCGAUAUAUGCUUCUUCUUUCCAGCAGAUGCUAUGGCUUGUUUGAUCGCAUCAAUACUCUUGGCUCCUCAAAGUACGAACUCCUGACCAAUGAUCUAGGCUUUGGAAAUCAGCAAAGUUCUUACCUGGCGGAGCUUGCGAAAUGGAAGGAGGCAUUUGACAAGAGUUCUUUCCGCACUUUGUCCACGUCACAAACCUCACUCGAGGACAAAGCAGGAACCAAGGCAACCCUGUUGAGACUCCAACAUCUCACACUUCAUGUCUGCUUGAUUGCAGCUUUGCAUGUCGGCAAUGAGAUGUUCUACGACACGUUGACACCCGAAUUCUCAAGGCUUGUAGGAUUCUGCGAAGAAUUACUUCCGAGUUUGCCUGCAAUAACUAUCGAGACUGGGAUCAUUCAGCCACUAUUUCUUACUGGAUGUAUCUGUCGACAUCCCGAUGUUCGCCGGAGGAUUCUUCGUCUCCUUUCUCCUGCUAGAAAAGAGGGCUACUGGGAUAGUAAACUGAUUGGAAUGAUAACACGUGAGCGGAUGGUCUUCGAGGAAGAUCUUGCAGGUUAUAUUCAUGAUGAUUGGAAAGCGCCACAGUACGACAUCGAACUCGCUCAGCUUAUUCCGAGAGAGGCUCGUUGGUCGGAAAGCUGGAUGUUUUUCGUUGCGGAGGACUACUCAGUGGCCGAGGUGACCUUCAGGAGGAGAAAGCUUUACCCGAACCUCUUCAUCGAUGGUGAAGAUGAGCACGAAACACGAACGAAAUUGGUCAGGUUCAAGUAA